AUGUAUUUUUUAUAUUACAGGGAUUCGUUUAAUCAGGGUGAUAGACUCCGCUUACUGAAACUGGUAAAGAUCGAGUACCGUAAGCUGAAGGUCAGAAGAGAAAUCACUGAAGACCCUUGGGAGACCAUACUCAUCAAUGUUCUAUGGACCUCGUUUCCUGGCAAUAGUACGGCCAAAUUAAUCGCGCAGUGGAAGCGGUUGACACACCGUGCGGGUGGUUUUUUGAAGAUGUCGCGGAAUAAGCCAAACCCAGUGAUCGUAGAUUUUAUUGCGAUAUACAGAUCGGAACCUUGUCUUUGGCAAGUAAAGAGCCCGGAAUAUCAUAAUCGUACGAAGAAGGAUGCUGCAUAUGCCAAAUUGGCACAAAAGUUGGUGGAAGUUGAACCUGGUGCUGACAAGAAGUCUGUGAUCAAUAAAAUUAACAGUUUGAGAACUGCUUUUCGGAAGGAGAAAAAGAAAGUUGAUGCAUCAUACAAGUCUGGAACAUCAACGGAUAGCAUUUACAAGCCGGUACUUUGGUAUUAUGACAUGUUUGAUUUUUUGCAAGAUCAAGAGAUUUCAAGGACCUCAAUUUCAAAUUUGGAUGGUGAAAGUGGCGAGGAAUCCGUUGACAAUGCACUCCCAACUGAAGAAACAGGAGAGGCUGAUGAUGUUGUAGAAAUGAGAACUGCGGUUGUUGAAGAAGUGUCAAGAAAAUCUCAACAGCCAAUAACCUCAAGACCUGGUUGUAAUAAAAAACAAAAGAAAAAUGAGGAUCUCACAACAGAAACCUUGAUGACAGUGCGUGACCAUUUCAAAACACCCAAGGAACAACUUGACCGCUUUGAUCUGUUGGGAAAAACUAUUGCUGUAAAGUUGAGAGGUUUGGAAAAACGCCAGGCUCUCAUUGCGGAGAAAAAGAUAGGUGACAUAUUAUUCGAGGCGGAAAUGGGUUCUCUAAACACAGCGCCAAUAUACCGUUAUGCUUCAUCACCAAGUCAGAGUCCUUAUACUACCCCAUGUCCCACGCCAUCUCCAACAUAUGGACAAGGUUCAUGUACAGCGUUAGCAAGUCAAUCUCCUAAUGUCACUCCAUGUCCCACGCCAUCUCCAACAUACGGCCAAGGUUCAUUUAGACAGGAUUCGUUUAAUCAGGGUGAUAGACUCCGCUUACUGAAACUGGUAAAGAUCGAGUACCGUAAGCUGAAGGUCAGAAGAGAAAUCAUUGAAGACCCUUGGGAGCCCAUACUCAUCAAUGUUCUAUGGACCUCGUUUCCUGGCAAUAGUACGGCCAAAUUAAUCGCGCAGUGGAAGCGGUUGACAGAUAUGACUGAAGAAAAGAAAAAGUGGACCACAGAAGAAGUGGGAAUUUAA